CUCCUUAGAUUUCACAGCCCGCAGGCUCCUACCCCAUUCGGACCGCGCGAGAGCUUUCUGGUGCCUUGUGACUCACCUGACCCGCGCACGGCUUUCACGAGUGGCCUCCCGCGUGCGCCUCCGCCGUGUACUUAAGCUGUUCCCUCUCCGCCACCAGAACCCCACCGCGCAACCAAGGAAACCAUCUGUUGUACCAGUCCAGCAAGCACCGGUGCAGACAAACUCCAGGCAGAAGUCCCUCAGUUAUGGCAAACGGCAACAUCACCGAGCACACGGCCACGGCCGGCGUCACCACUCCUGUUCCUGACGCGACCGCCGCUCCUGUUGACGCAGGUACCAAGGAACAUUCAGAGGCCACCGGACCAAACCCAACCAAGCGGCAGGCGAAGACGCGCACGACCAAGGCCCAGCGGGCUCGCCAUCCGCUUUUCGUCCUCAUAGCUUGUCUCUGCUAUUUGUCCAUGGCUCUCAGCUUCGUGCAUAAUGGCUUGCACGGUGUUCGAGCCAUUCUCCAACCUCGUUUACGCGAUGCGAACUUUUUGGCCCGGGCUUACACGACCAAACACCGCUGGGAGCUGUCCCUAAACAUGCAUCUGGAGACUCUGGUAUCGACUCCGCUCGAGAAGCACUCGUUCGAGGAUCAUGAUGAAUGCCUGGCUCGUGGCAUCACGCUUGCGGACGCCCAUUUCGGUGACUUCCCUUACGACAUAUACCCGGACAUCCUCAAUGCCACCAUGGAGUGGGUUGAGGACAACUGCGCUAAGCUCAUCUUCACGCCGCAAGUUCAUCCGGAGCCUGGAUCAUACACUCUGCUACGCGCGAGCUGGGCAACAAUCACCGAGAAGUCCCAAACCGUUAUCCACGUCCUCAAGAACUACGGCAGCCGCAUCAAAAACUGGUUGGAGACGAACUGGUUGGGGAAGGAGCCCCAUGCCCAUCAUGAAGUACAAGUCCAACAUAGUGCUGGUCAUGAGCAGGAGUCCUUUAAGCGGCCCCUUCUGAUGCCGCACCGCUUCAAGCUGGUCUGCGGUGACAGCCCUGUCUGCCAUCUGGAAUACAACCCUCCCGCCGAGCACGCCGCCCUCUUAAAGAAGGCGACCGAGGAUGUUGUCAAGGACGCUCAACGCAAGGCGGUUGCCCUAUCCACGUACACGGCCGCAACCGACAAUGUCUUAUAUUGGAACAAAGCUGCCCAGUGGAUUUCGAUUCCGCUCGAAAUCGUAGCUAUCCUAACACUCACAGCGGCGCUGUGGUAUGGAGAUUCCCCGGAUCGGUCAACCGCUGUCUCCGUCAAAGGAGUGGGCCUCGUGAUGCGCAAGCUAAUCGCUGAGAUCUACUAUAAGGAUAUGCAAGUUCUGCUGUUCCUUAUUGUACAAAUCAUCUGCAUCCCGCCGAUGUGCGGGGAGCGGACUUUCCCUCCCGGUCGUACCUCGGAAAACGUGGUUGUGCUCUCCAUUAUGUCUGGGGUAGGUUUGAUCAUUCCUUUCUUUUUUCCCUUUCCUUCCCUUUUUCCCUCUAAAGACCGCGUGGAAAACAUAGUCUGCUUCGUGGGUGCCGUUGUGGAGCUUUACAACGUUCUGCGAGAGUCAGAGGACGGUGUUUCCAACGCCAAGGACGAGAAGAUCACCGAGGAUGACAGCCCGGCGGACGGGGGACGUCGACACACUCCCUCAUCUGACUCGAAGCUUCCGCGUCGCCAAAUCUCGCCGGAGACUUCACUACAGCAGGAUAUCGAGGAGGAGCGUCAGGCUAUGCGUGAGGAGCUAGCCGAGCGCAAUGAAGAGGGCGGCUGGCAGGAAGCUCGUGGUGAACGCCCCAUGAAAGAGAUGGAGCUUGGCUCGGAUACCAGCUCCGAAUGGUCUGUCGUGGAGCAGUGGCAAAUUCCUUCGGCAUAGGAUGCUGCACUGUGUUCGCAGCGGGGCGGGGCGAGCAUUCCCUAGGCACGGUUUGUGGGUGGUUGUGCGUGUGUCAUUUUCAUGGGCUUGACCCGA